GUCUCAGCCAGACGGCAAAAAGAAAAGCGAACACGGAGGGAAAAAACAUACAGGGAGAGUUGGCUGAUGCAUCUCUCCGACAGCAUCCAUUUCACGGCGAUUACAGUUCGGAGCGGAGGAGACGGUGCGCAUUUCUCUGAGAAACACGGUGCUUUUCUCUCCUCCGAAGUCAGUUUCCUAGAGCGACUGGAGGGCGGAAAGCCACUUUUUUCUGCGUUUAUCGACACGGACAGUAUUUCAUAACAAGCCUGUUUACUUGGAGCAAAACCAGGUCGUCCGCAGUUCCAGUAGGCGAUACUGCAUUUUGUUUGUGGAGUGGAAUUUGCGAUCCGCAGCUCAAGACGCAAAAGGAAUACCCGACCGUUCAAGUUUUCCUGGAAGUUGCGCAGUGACAGAAAAACAUGGGAAUUUGUGGCUAUUUGGCGGUGCCUGGAAAAUGCCUGGUCGUCCUCGGACUUAAAUUGUUAUUCCUUGUACCUGCAGGAGUUCCAGCCAGGAGCGGGGAUUCUGUAUUGAAGGACAACAUCACUGUCAGACAGGGGGACAGCGCCGUCUUAAAAUGCAACGUGGAUAGCAAAGUAUCACGAGUGGCGUGGCUCAAUCGCACCACCAUUUUAUUCGCAGGAAGUGAGAAGUGGUCUCUUGACCCUCGCGUCAUCCUGAUGGAAAACACAGCAGUCACAGAGUACAGCAUCAAGAUCCAAAAUGUUGACGUCCAUGAUGAAGGGCCCUAUGUCUGCUCAAUCCUGACAAACAAGAAACCAAAAUCCACAAAAGUGCAUCUCAUUGUUCAAGUACCCGCCAGGAUCACUAACAUAUCGAAGGACAUCACAGUGAACGAGGGCAGCAACGUCAAUCUUAUUUGCCUGGCGGUCGGUCGACCUGAGGCAAACAUCAUAUGGAAGCAUCAUUCACCAAGAGGCACUCAUAAAUUUGUGACGGAGGGGGAACAUCUGGAACUGACCGGCAUCACCAAAGACCAGUCAGGAGCAUAUGAAUGCAUUGCUUCCAAUGACAUCUCAAGCCCUGAUGUCAGGACAGUGCAAGUCACUGUCAAUUAUCCUCCCUUCAUUUCUAAAGCAAGGAGUACGGGGACUCCAGUUGGACAAAAAGGAGUCCUGCAAUGUGAAGCCUCUGCUGUCCCCAGGGCAGAUUUUGAGUGGUACAAAGAAGACCGCAGGCUCUUCAAUGGACUAAAUGGGGUUAAGAUAGAGAAUCAGGGUAAACAGUCAAUGCUCGUCUUUUUCAAUGUCUCAGAAGAAGACUAUGGAAACUACACUUGUGUUGCCAUGAACACCAUGGGAAUCACUAAUGCCAGCAUAAUUCUUUAUGGUCCCGGUGCGAUGCAUGAUGUGAACGGGGCUGCUGUGCUGCCCCGUUGCUCCGUAUGCCUCCUGCUGACUAUAACCUUACUCUACCUACUGAAGUUCUGAUGUGAAAUGUGACACCCUCCAAGCUUCUCUCAGCAUUGAACAGCAAGAACAGACUAUUAGUCCUUUAAGAAGAAUGGAAAUCCAAGAGCACCAGUGGUUCACCCUUAGUUUUCUUUGUGUUUCUUUCUGGCUUUGCAUCGGAGUCUGUUCUCUGUUGGCUCGCCAGGAGUGAAAGGCGUCAAUCCGAGGAAGGGAAAUUUUGAAUAAUGCACUAAUUUGAUGACGGUAGAACUACUGAGUUUGUGUCUCCCCAAACCUUUUUGUAUGUGAAAAGGGAAAAAGAAAAAAUACAUGUAACUGUUGAUAGUUGACUGUUUAUUGCCCAAUAUUGAAGUGUACAUUCAGAUUAUUAUUAUUGUGUCAAGUCCUGUUCAAUAUCUGUACAAUACCAUUAAGCUUUUUUAAGUAAAUGACAAAAAAGGAAAACAUGCAAUGUGAUUGUUGAAUUUUACUGUAUUUUUACAGUUGUAUGCAAAACAGAAUAACCGAUCCUUCAUGAUAAACAGUUCAGAAUAAUAAAUAGAACACCGUGAUUUCUCAGGCAAAGUCCUACAGCAUAGUGCAUCCAAAUUUUUAUUUCCUUCGUAGUGUGUGUAGAAAAUGUACAAACGUGUACAGACAAUUCCUGCACUGUUUUUCAAAAUGCAUACACUCAUCAAAUGGCAUUUUCGAAACACCUAAUCACAGUGUCAUAGCAGCUUCAUGGCGUAUUCAUACUGAGUACUGAAUGACAUUUAUGUGUCAUGUUAAGUGUCAUUUGGGACAGAAGUGUUGGUCAGUUUGCAGCUUUGUUCUCUUUGGUGACAAAUAGAAUCUAAUGCUCAGAGUUGAAACUUGUUUAACUGUACUGUUAACCUACAGGCAGUGCUACUGGCAUCAUUAAAUUGUCAGGUUAGUGGGUGGUCUAAUUAGCAACAUGGCACUGAACUGACAAGUGCUGCAGUUAAUUUGUAAAACACUUUCACAAACUCCUGAUAAUAUUUUUGGCUUUUAAAGUAUUGCUUUAAAGUUGCAACUAUUAUGAUUUACUUUGAUGGUAUCAAGUUGCCCCCCUGCCAAAAAAAAGUUUAAAUACCAACUUAUAUAAUAAAUAGCCUUUAGGUUUCUCAGGCAGCCACAGUGGUCCUCUAAUUCCCUUGGUUGACCAUUAGACUUUUAUGCAAUUGAGGCUCUUUAUUGGGAUUCACAUGGCCAAAAGAGUUGCUGUUUAUUAGAAAUCGUGUCUUUGUUUUGUGUGUUUGUUUUUUUGUUCAAUAGACAGAACAGAUGCUCAGGACCUUAAUUAUAAAUUUGAAAAUAUCUCUGAAAAUACAUACAGUCAUUGAAAAUUCACCACCAAUAACAUAUAUAUAAUAAGAGAUAUUGCUACUUAAAGUACCAUGCCAGUGUUUUGCAAGUUUUAGCAUAACGGAGGUUUAGAUUUUUAAUUGUUGUGUUUCUGAUUGUCCAGGCAGUAUUUUCUUCUGUAAGAUAUUAAUAAUUAAUGUUGUGGAAUUUUCUUUAUUUAUUACACUAAACUUCAUAUUUUAUUGCUGCCAAGUUAUGUGAUCAGUGUGUAAGUAUGCACUACACUACCACUCUACAAUAAUGGUGACAAGAAUAAAAACAGACAUUUUGUUUAUUGGAUGCCAGUCAACCAAAAAACAGAGAGUGUGUGAGGUGGUAGUGAAGCUCGAUAAACGUUCUUGAUUUAAAAUGUCUUCAAUUUCUGCAUAACUGCGGAGACAUUUUCAACUAAGCUGGCACACAGCUCCAGUCCACAUCCAAGCCUCAAAUGACACAAGCGAGAAUAUUUUAUUAAUGGCAGGACAGUAAAGUCAACUUGAAUGAAUGUUCCAUGUAGCUGCUGUGAAGCUUUUUUCAGGUGUUAUGAAUGUAUGCUUUUAACCUGGUUUGCCCAAGACAAACAGCAUACGCUGCUCUUAAGACUGCAGAAGUGAUUGUUGUGUUCUGUGGUUGGUGGAUGCAUUUUCAAGGGAUAUUUUUUAGUCUGCCUUGGACAGAAAUUUCCAGUGAUGAGAAUAUAGUUAAAGCACAAGUGAUUGAAAUGUGAUGUUCUGCUAUUGUCCAGUUCACUCAUGUGCAUACCUAUGAGUAAGAAGUGUGUUGAAGACAAAACAACAGGGAUGAGAUUAAUGUAUGUGGGAAUGCUUUUGUUGUACUCACAUGUUGUGCUUGUAAUGAUGGUGAACCAGUCAGCUGAAGACAUUGUCACAGGAUGUGAUUUAACAUUUUAGGGGUUUGCAAAAAAAUAUAGACAGUUGAGAUUCAGAGACCCAAAAAACAAAAGUUAGGGGUUAUUGUAACCCUUUCCAUCCCAGAUUAAGAUGAUAAGUAUUGAUGUCAAUAUGCUCGAAUCAAUUUGUUUAAAAUCCCAAUUAAAAAAGAACUUAUACUGAAAUUUAAGGUGUAUUUUUGCAUAAUGGCACCAUGGAUGACAGUGUAAGUUGUAAUUUUUUGGUUAUUUGUUUUGUGUUAGGUUUGUUUUUAUGGUUUAAGGAUUUUAGAUUUAUGCAUACCAUCUAUAAUCCUCAUUAUUGCAUAAUUCUCUGGGCAUUUUAAAGUUUGCAGUAUCCACAGUUCACUUGUCAAUUUCAAAGAAAUAUUUUCUUUUUUUGAUUUUUACAAUAUAUGAUCCCAUUGACGGCUGCAUUGUUAACUUGUUUGAUAUGUUUUCUGACCUUACUGUUCAGCAUACAGUUGUCACAAUUGUGGUAUAUAGUCAUCGUAUCAUUUAAUUGAGAGAUUGCAAAAAUGUCCAUAAACUGGUUAAAUGUGAA